AUGCCUGGAAUGAUGGAUAAAGGUUCGGAAUAUCUUGGAAAGGGUCGGUCCAACGGCACGAAAAGCCCCUCAAACGCCUCGAAUGGCCAUUUUUCGGACGAGAGCGGCAGUGACGACGAGCACGAUGUUGGAAUGCGUGUUGGAUCUGAUUUUCAAGCGAAUAUUCCGGACUACGAUCCUGGUUCUACAAAGUACAGUGAUAAAGACACUGGUGGCAUGUUGGUGUGGUCUCCAUAUCAUACAAUUGUGGACACUAAAUUGGAUGAAUACAUCGCCAUUGCAAAGGAAAAGCAUGGCUAUAAUGUGGAGCAGGCUCUUGGCAUGCUCUUUUGGCACAAACACAACAUUGAAAAAUCCCUGGCUGACCUGCCCAACUUCACUCCUUUCCCGGAUGAGUGGACAGUGGAGGACAAAGUGUUGUUUGAGCAAGCGUUUAGCUUCCACGGCAAAAGCUUUCACAGGAUUCAGCAGAUGUUGCCAGAAAAAUCCAUAUCAAGUCUCGUGAAGUACUACUACUCAUGGAAAAAGACCAGAUCCAGAACAAGCUUGAUGGACAGACAAGCAAGAAAGCUGGCAAACCGAAGUAAUCAAGAUGAAAGUGAUGAAGAAAUUGAGGAAGCUAUUCCUGUCGAAGCCAAUGACAGUGAUUACGACCCUAAUAAAGAGGCUAAAAAAGAGAUCCAGGCAGAGCCACAGAUUAUCAGUUCUAAAAUCAGCAUGGGCCGACGAGACUAUCAGACCCUGCAGCAUCGACACCACUCACAGCGCUCCAAGUGCCGUCCACCCAAAGGCAUGUACCUUACCCAAGAGGAUGUGGUGGCCGUGUCGUGCAGUUCCAGCGCUGCGACCACAGUCCUUCGUCAGCUCGACAUGGAGCUCGUCUCUCUUAAAAGACAGGUUCAAAAUGCCAAACAAAUGAACAGCGCUCUGAAACACAGAAUCGAAACUGGCAUUGAUGAGUACCAACUGCCAGAGUCCAACCAAAAAGUUAAUGCUCGCUGGACAACAGAUGAGCAGCUGCUUGCAGUUCAAGGUGUUCGCAAAUAUGGUAAAGACUUCCAGGCCAUUGCAGACGUCAUCGGCAAUAAGACGGUGGGGCAGGUCAAAAACUUUUUUGUAAACUAUCGUCGCCGCUUUAACCUGGAAGAGGUGCUGCAGGAGUGGGAGGCUGAGCAGGGAACUCGGGCCCCCAACGGAGACAGCAGCUCUUUUGGAGAAGAUGGGAAAAACAGCUCCAACCCUCCUUCUGGCAAAAGCACAGAUGAAGAGGAGGAAGAGGGUCAGGUAACUCCUGCAUCUGGACCAUCUCCUGCAGCUGUAGCCUCAAGCGUAUCAGCAGUGAGCGGCAGUACCUCCUUAAACCAACCUCCUCCGCUGCUCCGUCCCUCCCUGCCUGCCACGCCCGCUCUGCAUCGCCAGCCACCGCCCCUCCAGCAGCAAGCACGUUUCCUGCAGCCUCGUUCAGCCCUGAACCAGCCGCCGCCUCUCAUCCGACCGUCCAACCCGCUCCCACCACGCCUCAACCCCCGUCCUGCCGCACCGUCCAACUCUGGCAUGGGUCCCCAGCUUCCUUCACUGGUGGGUAUCGCACCUGAAAACCCGCCCUCCUCUCUCCACUGACCCCCCGCAGCAGUCCCAUGAUUCAUGAGGAAGAAGGAGCAGCUCAGAGAUGCUGGAGGUCAUGAGCGAUUCUGUGGUUUUGUUUUUUAAUAAUCGAUGUUUAUUCUAGUCAUUGAUUUUGUACUUGUGAAUAUUAGCUCCUGACUGAAGUGUGUAUAGGAGAGUUCUGUGUAACUGACCACUUUUAGUUGUUUUAAUCAUAACGCAGCACUUUUCUGACCUUACACAAGUUAUAAAAGAUAAAUUAUGUUCUUAAACGUUGCAUUUUAUAAUCAAAAACUGAAAUGUUAUUUAACUCGUUAAUGUAUUGUUUUUAAUAUAU